GCUCACAAACAAUUUAAUCAAAUUUCAAUUCCUUUCCUUCUCAAACAACCAACUUUUUUCAAAAACAGUUGUAUCACAGAAGAUUCAAUUUCACCAAACACCAUGUCAUCGGAAACAUCCAUGUCCAACAUCACGACGGAGCCACCUACUACCGCCGCCGUCUUCGGUAGCCUUACGUUCAAUGAUACAGAGCUGACGUUAGGUUUACCAGGUGAAUCUCGGAAUUCGGGAGUCAAACGAAGGUUUUCCGAUAUUAUUGAUCUGAAAUUGGGCGGAGCUGAUCAAUCCGACUCUGAAUGCUCCGUCGUUACGAAAUCUCCUCCGGCGAAGGAACAAAUAGUAGGAUGGCCACCAGUUAGAUCUUACAGGAAGAACAUGACGAUGAAGAGUGAUUACAGAUAUGUAAAGGUGGCGGUUGAUGGAGCACCAUAUUUGAGAAAGCUAGAUCUCAAAUUGUACACAAGCUAUCAACAACUUCUGUUCGCUUUUCAAGAUCUCUUCUCCUGCUUCACAAUCAGAAAUGUAUUAAACGAGAUGAAGCUGAUGGACCCUGAUAAUGGUAUCGAAUACGUUCCAACAUAUGAAGAUAAAGAUGGAGAUUGGAUGUUGGUUGGUGAUGUUCCAUGGAAUAUGUUUGUUGAAUCAUGCAAGCGAAUAAGAUUAAUGAAGAACUCGGAGUUGUUGAGUUGAACAAGCGUUGAUGGAAGAAAUAGUUCAUAGAAAGAUUGUUUUUUUUUUUUUGAGAAUAGGAAAAUAGUUGAUUAAAUAGGAAUAUUGUAGAAGUAAAUAAGAUCCACAUGAUGUGUGUGUACAAAAUGUUUGCUGAGUUUGUGCAGAAACUGACAUUUAUAAAGCCAGGUUUUUAGGGUUUUGUAAUUUGAAAAAGCUGAUUUAUUGUGUA